AUGUCAGAAUUGGUAAUCCUCAUUUUUUUGCUUAUUCAUUUCCGUUGCCUCACCACUGAGGCCACAUACGUUUCUGUACUACCUUAUACAAGGAUUGAAUUUACGACACCCAGAAAAGCAAAAAACAUUGACAUUUCUUCUUCUUCUUCUUCUUCUUCUUCUUCUUCUUCUUCUUCUUCUUCUUCUUCUUCUUCUUCUCUCACUCUCUCUCUACCCUUUCUAUUUUUAUCGUCAUUAUAUUCACAUACACCCUUGUUUUUCCUUUUCUUCGUUUCUUUCUAUUCUCGCCUUUUAUUUCUGUUUCAUUUACUCCUCUGCAGAAAUGUUUUAUUUCCUUUGUUCUUUUUUCUCCCACUUGCCUUCUUUUCAUUUUUCUUUUUCCUUCUUCCCACCUCCUUUCUGCUUGUUUUUUGUACUUUAAAAAAAUAUUUGGGUCUAUUUCUUUUUAUCGGUUUCUUCCUUUUUCUUUUUUUAGUUCUUUUUCUGACACUUUUUCUCUUUUCUUUUUUUUUUAAUUUUUCUCUUCCCGUCUUUUUCUUUCUUGUUCAUUUUCUUUUAUUUUCUUCUUUUUUCUUUCCCUUUCUUUUUUCUUUUUCUAUCGCCUUUUUUUGCUUAUUUUCCCAUUUCAUUAUUCUUUUGUUUUUUUUCCUAAUAUUUUUAUUCCCUUUCUUUCUUUUUUUUUUUUUUCAUUUCUAUCGCAUCUAUUUUUCCUUUCUUUUUUCUCUUUUAUUUUCGUUUGGUUACUUUUUUCUUAUCCAUUCUUUAUUCUUGACUUUCUUUUUUGCUAUCAUUUUUACUCUUGUUUCUUUCUUUUUUCUCUUUCUUUUGUUCUGCUUUUCUUUCUUAUUCUUUUUCUUCGUUUUUCUUUAUUUUUCUCUUUCCUUCUUUUCCUUUUCUUUUACUUUUUUCGCUUUCAUCUUUCUUUUGUCUUUUUUCUUUCUUUUCUUUUCUCACAUUUCUUUUACUUUUUUCACCGUUUCCGUCUUUCUUCUGUGUUUCUUUUUCUUACUCUUUCUUUCAUAUGCUUUCUUCUCACUUUCCCUUUCUUUUUUCGCUUCUGUUUUCUUUCUUUCCCCAGCCAACUGA